GCUUCCGAAAGGCAAUCUUGGAAUGCACUAGAGCUCUAACCAUGCCCCAAUUGGCCGAAGGCUCGUGCCCUUCUUUGAUUGGUCCGUUACCGCUAGGCAAGGGGGCGGGGCUUAUCGUUAAGGCGGGAACCCAAGUGUUUCUUUCCUUGGCAGGCGCUGAGGUUGGGGAAGAGACUUAGUCUGGACUUACCGAGUUUGUGCGCCGUGAUUAGCUCGGGGAAGGGAUAAGCCGAAGCCAGGGAAGAUAGCUGUGUGCCUGUGCAGCGUACCUUGGCGGGCGUUAUCGGUGGGAGCGACGGCUCAGCCGUACCUGAACAUCUCACACCAUGGCAGUUCCCGAGACCCGUCCCAACCACACUAUUUAUAUCAACAAUCUCAAUGAGAAGAUCAAGAAAGAUGAGCUCAAGAAGUCCCUGUAUGCCAUCUUCUCCCAGUUUGGCCAGAUCCUGGAUAUCCUGGUGUCUCGGAGCCUGAAGAUGAGGGGCCAGGCCUUCGUCAUCUUCAAGGAGGUCAGCAGUGCCACCAAUGCCCUGCGCUCCAUGCAGGGCUUCCCUUUCUAUGACAAGCCCAUGCGUAUCCAGUAUGCAAAGACUGACUCAGACAUCAUUGCCAAGAUGAAGGGCACCUUUGUGGAGAGAGAUCGAAAACGGGAGAAGAGGAAGCCCAAGAGUCAGGAGACACCUGCUGCCAAAAAGGCUGUUCAGGGCGGGGCAGCUGCCCCAGUGGUGGGCGCUGUCCAGCCUGUACCGGGCAUGCCACCGAUGACUCAGGCACCCCGCAUCAUGCACCACAUGCCAGGACAGCCUCCCUACAUGCCACCACCUGGCAUGAUUCCGCCACCAGGCCUCGCUCCUGGCCAGAUUCCCCCUGGGGCCAUGCCCCCACAGCAGCUCAUGCCUGGGCAGAUGCCACCUGCCCAGCCUCUCUCCGAGAAUCCACCCAAUCACAUCCUGUUCCUCACCAACCUGCCUGAGGAGACCAACGAGCUCAUGCUCUCUAUGCUUUUCAACCAGUUCCCUGGCUUCAAGGAGGUGCGUCUGGUCCCUGGGCGCCAUGACAUCGCCUUCGUGGAGUUUGACAAUGAAGUGCAGGCUGGGGCAGCACGAGAUGCCCUGCAAGGCUUUAAGAUCACCCAAAACAAUGCUAUGAAGAUCUCUUUUGCAAAGAAGUAGCGCCUUCCCCUACGGAGUGUCCCAGUCCCCAUUCUGGGGCUGCCCCUUUCCCCCCCUCCUUUGGCUCAGUCCCUGAAGGUAAGUCCCCCUUGGGGGCCUUCUCAGAGCCGUGUGUGAGUGUGUGGUUGCCACACAGCAUUGUACCCAGAGUCUGUCCCCAGACAUUGCACCUGGCGCUGUUAGGUUGUGAUUAAAGUGAGUUUUUGAGGUUUGGUUUUUCAC